UUUUUUUUCCUUUCACGAUUUCGCGUUCACUGAAAGAAAGCGCGAGCUACAUCGCAGGGAAGCAUGAGUGGACGCGGGGACGAGGCCGGGGAGAGCUCCGGCUCCCAGGAGCCCGCGGGGGCCGCGGAGCCCCAGAAGAGGAGGCCGGGGAGACCGCGGAAGCCCCAGAAAGAGCCAAGUGGAGAGCCGGUCCCUAAGCGGCCAAGGGGACGUCCCAAAGGAAGUAAGAACAAGGGCCCUUCCAAGGCAGCGCAGAAGAAAGCAGAGGCAACUGGGGUGAAAAGACCCCGGGGACGACCCAGGAAGUGGCCACAACAAGUCGUGAAAAAGCCUGCUCAGGAAGAAGAAGAACAGGAGGAGGAAGAAGAAGAAGAAGAGACUGGAGAGUUCCAGGAGAUGGACUAAGCUUCCACACCAUCAAACCUCUACCUCAUUCAGCUGUCAGGUCUUUCAAAGUGGAAAGACUUCCUUGACCACUUAUGUUUGUCUUUUUCCUACGUUAUUUGACUUCAGUUAAGAUUUUUCAAAUAUCUACUAUAUCAGUUUUCAGUCCUUGCAUGCGUCCACACUGAUCUGUCACUGAGCAGGCAGCAACAGUUCACCUUUGAUACAUAUUUCCACACGCGGUCAUGAACAUCAGAGAGUAAUUCUGCUGUUGCUAGCUCCUGUUGGCUAAUCACAGACAUAUUUCAUCUCCAUCAUUCAGAGGCAGACUCACCAUCAGACCUGUACAUCAACCUGAUACACCUCAAUGAAAGUCAUGGAAACCGAAACAGGCAGCCGUUAUGAGUAAGCGUGGCCCACACCCCAACAGUUAGGGUUUGUGGCUGAGCUCCUCAAAACAGUCACAGCAGCAGACGUAGUCACACACCCCCACCACGGCUGACUCAUUCUCCAGACUUUGACAGGCGAACACAGACUGCGACCGUCGGGUUUUAUGUUACGAAAAUGAAAGAGCUAACAUUUGCUGUUCCAAUAUUUUAGCCGUGGCUCAAAAACAAAGGAACCACAGUGACCUUUGGUCUGACGUAAACCCAACCCAAACUGGUGUCGAACCGCCAAAGACAGGGAGACAUGGAGAUCUUCCCUCAGGGCAGUGGCUCAUCCAUCCUGUUUGUGCGCUAAAGUCGUUAGCGUUAGCUUUCCCACAGAAUCCCCCUACAUUAUCCCCACCAUCCUUCUGUGCGCUCUGUCUCUGAUAAAAUGGCUUGCGUUUACAGUCGUACUGUGAGUUCACAUUGAACACGACAUCAUUUAAUCACAUCGCCUCUAUUGAGUUUUGGUGCAAUUGGCAUCUAUUGAACGAGGACCGUGGGUUCUGAAACCCUGCGCCAGAAAACCCAUGUUUGCCAGAAAAGAAGAAAGGAUGAUUGGUUAUUUUUUUUUCACCAUUGCUAAAGUUACUAAAGUUUGCCACACCCUAUCUUUUGUGGAACGUAUCUUGGAGCUCUGGGUGAAAUGUUGUCCUCCAUUCUUGUCAGCAAUGCCGGUAAAACACGAAUGACUUUAUUACGACAAAACAACACGCAAUUUUAAUAUGACAACAGCGAUCACGACGUCGCAUCUAUCGUCUGUCGUCGCAUCUAUCGUCUGUCGUGUCUGUCACAUCAUUUUCAAUGCACCGCUUAAACGUGAGUUAUUUGCCCGUGCAUUGACUUUGUACAUAAUUUUGUUGCGUGACAAAUUUCAAUUACAUUCACGCACCAAAGGUGGUGAAUCGACCCGGGAUGGUUUCAAUUUAGCCUGCUCCCUGUCACUGAUGGAUUUAUUCACCUCACAGAAAACUUGACACAUCUCAUUGGUAUCCCACAACAAAGCUGGGACUACUGAUUUACAUUAAUAUUACCUUGUGUAUGUAUGUUAAUAGCAUCAUUCAGUUUGUUGUUUGUGCAGCAUAGCUUUAAAACUUUUAAAUCCAUCAUUGAUGUCACACUGCAGAGAAAUCUCCUCAGGCAUCUUGCUCGGCAAAAAAAAGGAGAAAAACCUCAAGAAAAACCACAAGAAUAAAGCACACAUUACCUCUGGACACACUUGAUAACAUGGAUUUCGCGGCAGUGUGACACUGAAUGACUCAUCUCGCACUGUAACUCCAGGGAGCCUCACUUUAGAGGGAACCUGAUGAUGUUCUCUGGUCACUGAUAUGCAAUAUCGUCUCAUGAUUUCAAACUACCUCUGACUCAGCACAACCAGCUCCUGAACACUGUUGCUAAGCACACAUACACAUCCUUGAAUUACAAUAUCUUUGAAUAUGUUAAUUGUAUAAUAUUUACACAUGUGGGUCUUUAGAGUCUGUCUCCACCUGCUGUGUUGACUUAAGGCCCAUUUAUACUCUAUUUUCAUCUGUUCUAUGUCCGUCCGUCCGUCCCAAACGUUAUCGCUGUCACUGUCGCCCACAUACCCCCAUACAUCUUUUGCAUUGGUAUGGAUGGGGCACAAUACUUCCUCUUGAGGGCAGUGCCGAAAGCCAAGUUGCGGGCAUCAACAAACAUGGUGACCAUUGAAGCUGCACCAUCUUGUAGAGACGCUCUUUGAAUCUUUCCGCCAAUUUUAAAUGCCUGUAUAGACUCUUCUUUUGUUGUUUUUAGUGUUAGUGGUAUUUCCCUGUUCUGUCCAUCAUCGUCAGAUGUGCUUCUGAGCAUGCACAAUGACGGACGGCGAUGAACGCAAAGUAUGGAUAAAAGCCUCCAUCCGUCUUUGUCUUUUGUGUAGAGCAUAAAUGGGCCUUUACCUGACAUUUCCUUUUGCCCUCGUUCAGGCAGGAGUCAUUAUUUUUCAAAUACUGAAAACACAAAUGCAGCUAACCUACAUCAAGUACUGUUUUUUUCACUCUCUCUCAUUAACCCCCAUGUUAACAUGGUUUCAAUGAUCUGCAAACUGGGACCUCCAUUUCUGAAGUGUUAACUUGAAUUUAUUUUGUAUUGAUUCACACAACAGUUUAAUAAGGAUCAGGUGACAUGAUAUUACUUCAAAUAUUGUCUUUUUCUUGCUUUUUUUUGUGGCUUUGAUGUUUUGAUGUACUACCU